GCUGACGCCAGGGAGAUCAGAUCAAUCCAGGCAGCUGUGGAGAGGCGAGCUGGGAGGAAAGUGGUGAAAAGAAAAGAAAAGAAAAGAAAAGAAAAGAGGUGCUUGUGACAGAGCGCAGUAACCAGACUGAAAGAACAAAGCUGAUUUAUUCAGAUGGCGGAAUGCUCAUGCAACCUUUCUAACUGAGACAAAAACCUGAACCACACUUAAGUUUUUUUUUGUUUUGUUUUUUUGUUUUUUGUUUUUACAUAUUUUUUAUUUUUGUGGGAAGCUGACUUUUUUUACAAAAAGUUUCUGUUAAAUCAGACGCUGCCCACGGGGGAAAAAAACGAUGAACGUGACCAGCUUGUUCUCCUUCACCAGCCCGGCUGUGAAGCGGCUACUGGGCUGGAAGCAGGGCGACGAGGAGGAGAAAUGGGCGGAGAAGGCGGUGGACGCCCUGGUGAAGAAGCUGAAGAAGAAGAAGGGUGCGAUGGAGGAGCUGGAAAAGGCACUCAGCUGCCCCGGCCAGCCAUCCAACUGCGUCACCAUCCCCCGCUCCCUGGACGGCCGCCUGCAGGUGUCUCACCGCAAGGGGCUACCGCAUGUCAUCUACUGCCGCGUCUGGCGUUGGCCCGACCUGCAGAGCCACCACGAACUGAAACCGCUGGAGUGCUGUGAGUACCCCUUCGGCUCCAAGCAGAAGGAGGUCUGCAUCAACCCCUACCACUACAAGCGGGUAGAGAGUCCUGUGCUUCCUCCGGUCCUGGUUCCCAGACACAGCGAAUUCAACCCUCAACACAGCCUCCUGGCACAGUUUCGCAACCUGGCCCAGAAUGAGCCCCACAUGCCUCACAACGCAACCUACCCUGACUCCUUCCCCCAGGCCAACAGCAACCCUUUUCCCCAUUCACCCAACAGCAGCUACCCCAACUCUCCAGGCAGCGGGAGUGGCAGCACCUUCCCACACUCUCCUGCCAGCUCGGACCCUGGGAGCCCCUUCCAGAUACCUGCUGAAACUCCUCCUCCUGCAUAUAUGCCCCCAGAGGAUCAGAUGACUCAAGAUAGCUCCCAACCUAUGGACACCAACUUGAUGGCACCUCCUCUUCCCCUAGAAAUCAGCAACAGACCAGAUGUUCAGCCAGUGGCCUAUGAGGAGCCAAAACACUGGUGCUCAAUUGUUUAUUAUGAGCUGAAUAACCGUGUGGGAGAGGCGUUCCAUGCCUCCUCCACAAGUGUGUUGGUGGAUGGCUUCACUGAUCCUUCAAACAACAGGAACCGGUUUUGUCUUGGACUCCUGUCCAAUGUUAACCGCAACUCCACCAUUGAGAACACUAGGCGGCAUAUUGGCAAAGGAGUCCAUCUUUACUAUGUUGGGGGUGAAGUGUAUGCAGAGUGCCUUAGUGACAGCAGCAUUUUUGUGCAGAGUCGAAACUGCAACUAUCACCACGGCUUCCACCCUACGACGGUUUGCAAGAUCCCCAGUGGCUGCAGCUUGAAGAUCUUCAACAACCAGGAGUUUGCUGAGCUUUUGGCCCAGUCUGUGAACCACGGCUUUGAAGCCGUCUAUGAGCUUACUAAGAUGUGCACCAUCCGCAUGAGUUUUGUAAAGGGUUGGGGUGCAGAAUAUCAUCGCCAGGAUGUCACUAGCACCCCCUGCUGGAUUGAGAUCCAUCUGCAUGGGCCUCUGCAAUGGCUGGAUAAAGUUCUUACUCAGAUGGGAUCCCCUCACAACCCCAUUUCUUCAGUGUCCUAGACUGUUUCCUUGCCCAUCGCUGUUGGAAACGAGUGUGGAAUUUCAAAGGGGGUUGCAUUUUACUUGAAGGAUGUUUGAAAUGGGCACAUUGCAGAAUGGCACAGGGGUGUGGGAGUCUGGAAGAUACUUGAUUUUUCUGACCAACUGUAAUAAUCAAGACCAUCAUGCGUUUGAGUAUCAAAGCUGGUCUCAUUAAUUUGUUUUAGUUUACAUCAGUAUUCCAUUGUAUACCCAAGCAGUUAUUUUGUCUUGGUGGGUCUGUUACAUGAACAUUAAGGAUUAAAAAAGGUGGAAGGUGACCAAUUGAGAAAAAAAAAAAAAAAAACGGUAAAUAGUUUUUGUAGCAGAAGUUGUCAUUAGCUUGUUUCUGUAUUGUAAUCAUGACAAAAAAAAUUGCUAUGGUUGCAGGUGUGUGUUAUAGGAACUGAAAUAUGCAUUGCACAGAUUUAAAACCUACCAAGAGCCUUUUUUUAAAACUUUAUUAAUACAUUUCAAAAUGCUUCCCAUAGCAGUACUUCAAAAAGGGGGAUGAAAUACAAAAUAAGAUUUAUCAUAGUCUUCGUAAUAACCUUUUCUUGUGUACUGACUUGUAUUCUGCAUUAGAGUAAACAAAAGGCUGCCUUUGGAAGUUUAGUAUGGUUAGAAUAGUCUGCAGGUUUUGCAGGUAGUUUGAUAUGGUAGAAAACUGAAGUAAGCAGAUUAGCACAGUUAUACAUGACCCCUGGUGUGCAUUUUACAGGUAACACGUUUGUUGCUGUGCUAUUGACCUAAAUCUUUUAUUUUUAAUUAUUUUGCAAUUGCUACUUGACUUGAAUUGCAGUAGCUCAGCUGGAGUACUGUUUGUCUUGUUUUUUUUUUUUUUUUAUAUAUAUAUGGACAUGGCUGUUGUACUAAAUUAAUAACAGCCAUGCAAGACCUAGCAGCUAGUAAAAUGUUUUACAGGAGUUUUUUUUUUUUUUUUUUUUUUUUUUUUUUUUUUUUAAAACUGUCGUUUUGUAUUAACUUUUUUGUAUGAUCUUUUCUGCUCCUCUUGUUACGCACUUUUACUAAAUGCUCCCCUUCCUAUUUUUUUUUUGUUUUGUUUUGUUGUGCUGUUGUAUUCCCGGAAGGCAAUUUUAUUCCAUGAAUAUCAAGUCUCUACUGGAAGAUUCAAUAAAACGGUUUCAUUA